AUGUACGGGCCACAGUCGCGGUCGAUGCUACCGCCCUCACCACAGCAGCAGUUUCCUUCCCAGAGAUUUCCUCAACCUCCUCUCCCACAUCCUUCUUCUGGACCAACUGUGAACAAUGGCCCUCCGCCAUCAUAUAAGAGGCCGGGAAGUAGUAUGUCGAUAUCGUCGAUGCUGGGUGGGGAACCUGAAAAACCUGCCCAUGACCAAUAUCAUCACCACCAUAGCCAGGCAUCCAGCACAUCUUCGAGACAGCCAUCAGGUUCGGGCCCAUCCAUGUCACUAGGUGCUGUUAUGUCGCCGCCCCAAUAUUCUUCAAAGCCGAACUUGGGUGAAUAUACGUAUAAGCCAAGGUCGAAAACUCCAGACCGGUUCGGGAACACAGCAACCGGCGCCAGACCGCACCGCUCGAGUUCAGGUACCAUGACCCAAGGACCGGGCCCGUUCUACGAAACUCAGCCUCGCAAUGGACCAUCCACAAAUACAUACCCAUCCCCUUCCUUUGGUGCUUCAAUGCCUCCAAGAGAUGAGAUUGACGAGCAUAGUCGCCGUACGAGCAUUAGUGGCAUCUUGCAGAGGCCAGAGAGUCAGCCACAACCGAGUAUGACCACCUCUUUAUCCGUGGUCCCUCCGCCUCCGACCCGCCCAGAGAGCAUUCCUCCAUCAUUGGUGCAUUUGGACCGAUCCAGUCAUCCAUCCGUAAGUGGUAUCGACCCUCCACGUCAGAAUGGCUAUAGCGGAUCGUAUGGUUACAGCCAUCAACAAUCAGCAAACCUUUCAAGACCUGUCCAUGCUGGGCCUCCUUCACAGCCAACUUCAGCACCCAUCGAGCGGCCUUACAAACAAUCUCAAUCGCCAGAAUUACGACGGCCGCAGCAAAAUGGCAAUGAUACUCGGCCCUACCAAAGUCCUUAUGGCACAGCAGUCGAGCCCAGUUACGGCGCCCAUGCCAUGGCGCGACAAGACUCGGUUCAAUCGCAAAGUGAUCGAUCAGUGCUUGGAGAUCGCCUCCGCAAUCGACCCUAUUCCCCCUUCGCUGGUUCCGUUGCCUCACAAUCAGGCGCAAUAGAUGAUCAGGUGCGCAAGGGCAGCGAUGAACUAUCGCAGCACAGAGCGAUCCUUGGUUUAUCCAGCGAGUCCAAACGCGGUAGAUACUCUCCUCUCCCUCAGGCUGUGCAAGGAGCUCAAGCACAAACUCCGGUACCAGAUGCAGGUAUCAAGAGCGAGCAUGGCCGAGUCUUCUCUGGGAUUGGCAGCGGACUCGGUACGACAUCGGCCAAUCCAACGCCCACCCCACAACCUCUUCCCGCCAGUCCAUUCAAACAAAACGACGCCAACGCUCGGCUGAGCGAGGAAAACCUGAUGAAGAUGUCUCGUAGCGCAUCGGGAAUGGGCAAGCGAAGUCGCAAGACUUUUGACGAAGACGCAAGGGCUGAGAGCGACACCGGCGAAAUGAAGAAAGCGGCGCCUACUAGAGGCAAGAGGAGUAAAUAUCAACACUCGUACAAGUUGGACCUCGAGGAGACUGCGCGAAAAAAUGCUCUUGGUACGAUCCGUCGCACAGGCACACCGACAUCUCAUCCCUCUUUGAGUGCGCUACAAAGACAGUCCUCGGCGACAGAUCAUGCUUCACUAUUCAGACCGAAGAGGAUCAUCAGGAUCUCGAAUGUGGUUGCCAUCGCCGGACGGAACAAACGGCGGCACCUUGGUUUUUACAAAUAUGACCCUGAGGUGACUUCAGUCGACAUCAAUAAGCCCAGUUCUCCAAAGUUUGAUAUUUCGAUACGACCCAAUCUGCUUCCGGUGUUCAAUGAAGCCGAACAGAUCAACUGCACAUAUACUAUUCGAGUGCCGCGGGUCUGGUUACGAGAGCGCGAACGAGGCCUCAUCUGUGCAGAGCGUUACCUGUGGGGCUCGGGCAUCUACACGGAUGACUCUGACCCAGUGGCGGCCGCGAUCCAUUCUGGAUUUAUCCGCGCAGUACAUCCGCCCGGGAUUGACGAGGCCCUGCUGGAGAAAGUUAUAGAAGAACAGAAUCCCACGAUCGAAGGCAGCCCUGCACCCGACAAGCCAAAGGCAGUGGAUGAAAAUAAAGACUUGCACAUUACACUAGUGGUUUUACCCCAGCUGGAGAGAUAUGCGGGCAGUGCGCGGUUUGGCGUCAGGUCACGAAGUUGGCCAGAAGAGCAACAAGGGACAGACGGCUCGUCGCCAGGAAGUAAGGCACCUCACGACGGCGUCAGCUUCAUGGUUCUGAAAUGUGAAGCUGUUGAUGAUGGCGCUGAAGUCAAGCGUGUCGGACGUACCGGUAAAGAGAAGCGAGAGAGAUUGCACCGCGAAUUGGUUGAGCGUCAACGAACGAUUCAGCUGGAGAAGGAGAAGCUAGCUAGAAUAGCGGGCAAGUUGAAAGAGAGGAAAGAAGAAAGCAAACGGCCGAAAAAAGCCGGCGCAACGGGCAUGGAGAAGAACUCUAGCAAUCUAGGGAAGGAUGUGACUAGCAGGGCCGUGGCAGAUGAUCAGGAGAAUCUGGUGAAAGGAAAAGAUGAGAAAGCAGGCGAUUUGGAUGUAGGUCAAAGUCCCGGAGAUUGGAUUAGACAACUUGCCGUUGCAGCAGCAUGA